GGUCCGUCACAAUCCGCUGGACUGCAGCGGCCGCUGGAGGCUUUGGCGUCCUCUCUCCCGCUCCUUGAGGGCUCUCCCGUCUCGCCUCGACGCCGGACUGUUUGCCCUGGGAGUGGGGGGGUUGGCUGGCUUAGCCUUGGGGGAGGAGGAAAGGGGUCCCCCCCACCACCGCCGGUGGAAAGGGUGCCUCCCUUGCCCCCCACCUAGCAGGGUGCCAAGGGCUGCUUGGAGAGAAGCUGGCCCGGAUCGAACCAUCAUUGAAUACAAGGGCAAAAACUGGACAGGUCGAAAGGGCAGGUUUCGAUCUUCAGGACACACAAAGCCAUUUUGACCGGCCUGAGUUGUGAGGACAUCCAGCCAAGGGGGGUCCUCGAGAGCCCAUUAUCCCCCUGGAAGUGACAGCGGUUCCAGGAUGAUGAACGGGGCCCUGCUGAGCAUGGUGGUCUCCACCUUAAGCUGCCUCUGUGUCGCCUUUGAGAUUCCAGUGAAGCCCUAUCUGGACAUGAAAAAGCUUGCUGGGAAAUGGCACCCCAUUCUAAGGGCAAAGUACGACCCUACAGACCAGCCGUUCUAUACCUACACCAUGAGUCCUCUCAACGACGGGAAUGUGAUUCUCAAAGUGGAAGUUCCUCGAGUGAGGGCCUGCCGGCUAAAUUUCGUGGCUUUGUACGCUAUCCAGCCUGGCGUCUUUGAAAAUGCAGACGGCAAGCUGACGGUACAUCUUGUGGACACAGAUUAUGACAACUAUCAUAUCAGUCAUACCGAAAGGGAUAACAUGGCCUUCAUGAAUCUCUAUGGCCGGGAAAAAGAGGUGUCGGAAGAAGUGACCAAAAAGUUUCUGGAUAUGGCCCAGAAAGUGAUGCUCAACCCGAUGCUGCUGUUCUAUCAACACAAGACUGAUCUCUGCCUAAGUCCGCCACAGAAAGCAUAAGUAAAAUUCCUGCAAAGGGAGAGUGGGGGGAUGUUAGUGAAAUGAACAUUUCCCUAAAACCCACUGCCAGUUUUAUAACCGGUCGGACAUGGUGAUAAUGUCCUUUUCAGCAGUAAUAAAAUGUAUAC